UGGGGUCAAAUAGCUAACGGGUCGGAUCUAAAUCCAUUUUCACAGCUUCAGCUGCUGAAGAACCAAUCUCUAAUUCUCACUCUCCCAAUCCUUAAACCCUAAUAAUCCCCACUCUUCUUCGUUCAUCAAUUUCAGGGAAAAUGAGACUCCUUCGAAGCGCCCUGCGGUCUGCCAACGCCGCCUUGUCUCAUCAAUCCCAGACCCCUCGUGUUGUUCGAGCGUUUUCUGCUAACGCGUCUCCUCUUAAUGAUGAUUGGAGUGGAUCAAACUGGUUUGGUUCAUUUGGGGAUUCUCAGCAAGACAAUUCGGGUGAUGGGAAUGCGUCUAGUAUGGCCGCCUUUUACAAGAAGCUUGAGAAUGCUGAGAGGAAACAUGAUAGAUUUGGGUUGCAAGGAGGUUUUGGUGACAGUAUGAAUUCAUUGGCUGACGGGAUGGAAUAUAAAUUAAAGCAAGCGGCUUCCUACUUUGAGUUUGAUCCACUCGAAGUGACUAGAGAUGAUUAUACUUUCAGGCCUGAUGUUAAUUUCCAGAGUGGGAUGUCUUAUGAUACCAAGGAUCUUGAUUUGAGAAAGCCUGGAGUGCGCAAGCCUACCAAAAGGAUGGAGUUUGAAACAACGACUGAGGAAGUAUUGCGAGAAGCUGAUUUCAGGAACGUGAAAUUCCUUGCAAAGUUCAUCACCGAAGCUGGUAUUAUCAACAAGAGGAGCAAGACUGGAAUCAGUGCUAAGGCUCAGAGGAAAGUUGCUCGUGAGAUCAAGACGGCUCGCGCAUUUGGAUUGAUGCCUUUCACCACAAUGGGAACAAAACAGUUCAGGUACGGGGAUACAAUGGAAGACAUGGACCGUGAUUUCGAAUUCGAGUCCACGUACGAUCAUAAUUUUGUCGAGGAGGGGGCAGAUGCCUGAAGCCUUCCCUGCUGCUAUCACUGGUCCUUUUUUUUGGGAGAACAGCGACUUUCUCAACAGCCCUUGCUUUUGGCAGAGAUGAUCAGUUGCUUGAGAUUACAAUGUUGUUCCUUUUGUAUGAAACUCUCUUACAAAAAUUUCAAGCAUUAGUUGUUACAGCAGACUAGCUUUUGUAAGCAUUUACCAGCAACAAACCUAGUUGAUGAACUACUUUUGUCUAGUUUCUGUGCUGUAAUUCUUGAAAUUCUUUUGGGAAAUAAUUUGUGAGAUUGAAAUAUUCA